AUGCGAUGCUCCCUGAAGCGCUCCCUCACAGCUGCGCUUGCAGCCUCCUUCCUCCUCCUCCUCCUCCUCCUCCAUGGGGGCAGCUGGCAGGAACAGGAUCCCCUGGAGGUGGAGCUCAGGGGCUUGGCCCCAGCCACGGCCCUGCAGAUGCUGCAGCUGGAAGGAGCCCGGCGCACCCUCAGGGACACGGAUGACCUCUCUGCACUCCGCAAUGUCUCCUACCACAUCCUCGCUGGCUCCCUGUCACCCCACAAAAAAUUCUUGGCGGUGGGAUUGGCGUCGGUGCGGCGGCCACGUGGCUACUACCUCCCAGCCACGCUCCAGUCCCUCUUCAAGCAGUCAACGGAGGAGGAGCUGCAGGAGAUGGUGGUGGUGGUGCACCUGGCUGACGCGGACCUCACAUGGAACAUGCAGGUGGCCACCAACAUCACCCAAAAGUUUGCUCACCACAUCCUCCUGGGCCGACUCCUGCUUAUCCACACUCCCCACAAGUUUUACCCCACCCUGGAGGGCCUCAAGAGAAACUACAACGACCCGGAGGAGCGGGUGAGGUUCAGGUCCAAGCAGAACGUGGACUAUGCCUUCCUCCUCGCCUUUGCCGCCAACCUCUCCUCCUACUACUUGAUGAUCGAGGAUGAUGUGUGGUGCGCCAAGUCCUUCUUGACAGCCAUCCGCAAGGCACUGGCUUCCCGGGAAGGCUCCAACUGGGCCACCCUUGAGUUCUCCAAGCUGGGCUACAUCGGUAAGCUCUACCGCUCCAGUGACCUUCCUCGUCUGGCUCGUUUCCUCCUCCUCUUCUACCAGGAGAUGCCCUGUGACUGGCUGCUGGUCCACUUCCGCCUCCUGCUCACCCAGAAGGACGUCAUCCGCUUCAAGCCCUCCCUCUUCCAGCACAUGGGCCUCUACUCCUCUUUCCAGGGCACUGUCAACCGGCUGGAGGACGAUGAGUUCCAGGCUGAUGCCUGGGACCUUCCAGACAACCCACCAGCGGCCUUGUUCACCAGCAUGUCUGUCUUUGAGAACUACGAACCCCUCAAGGCUUACAGCACAGCAGAGGGGUAUUUUUGGGGAAAAGACCCGGCAGCCGGCAGCAUCUUCUCCAUCGUCUUCCAUCAGCCAGCCCGUGUCACCCGUGUCCGGGUGCGCACAGGCUCCGACGAGCGCCAGGGCGAUUUCCUGCACGCGGGGGUGCUGGAGCUGGGCCGUCAGCGGCGGGCCGACUGCUCUGCCUACACCACCGUGGGCACCUUUGAGAAAGGGACCUUUGAGCAGCGGGGGCUGGAGAGGAGCGUGCCCGGCCCUGUGGAGUGCGUGAGGAUCCGGGUAACCCGGGAGCAGAGCGAGUGGCUCAUCAUCCAGAGCAUCGACAUCUGGACCGCGGCAGGCACCUGACCAGGGACACGGCAGGUUGCCAAAGCAGCUGGAUUCCGUACUGAGAGGUCUUUUAUUUUUCUCACUCCCUUUUUUGAU